AUGGUGUUGGCGGGAUCGCCUUUAAUUUGGUCCGGGCUGGAGCUCAUGUUGCGGGUUCCACCAGAGCUGCAGCUACCGAUGCUGAUCAAGAAGACCUUCGAGUGUCUGGCGGUAUUACCGAGCAUCUUCAAGCUUUUGAAUCUUGUGAUCUACAAGCUGCGAUUUCGCUUGCGCAGUAGACACUUGGAUUUCUGCCUGUCUGUUGGCAUUGCAGCAAUGGGCAUGUCAAUGUUUUUAAUGUACAUGGUGAUUGACGUUUACAUCAUCUACCGCUUCAUUGUCAACCCGUUCGCUGCAUCAUUGAUGUCAGCUUCACUGUGGUUGUUGCUGUUACUCAUGGUGUGGACAUGGAUUAGAAUGUAG